AGCCAAAAAAUCAAAAAAUCUCCCAAAAGCGUUUUUUACACACCAACUAACCCCUCUCUCUCUCUCUCUCUCUCUCUCUCUCUGUGUCAAACAGAGUCAGUUCAUUUUCCUCUUAUUUUUCAGAGAUUUAGGGUUUUGAAAUGUGAAGGGAGAAUGGAAGUCUCUGAAGCUAUCUCUGUUCCCCAAAAUCUCGAUGCCAACAACCACCACAUCGAUGAGCACCACCAACCCAGCCAUUCCGAACUAGGGUUUUUGCCUUCUUCCCCCGAUCCCGAUCCUGCACCGUCUGAUUUCGAUCAUGCGGUCCCUGAUGAGCUUCAGAAGCUGGAUUUGAAGGAGAAGGAGGAGGAGGAGGAGGAGGAGGAGGAGGAGGAUCACCUUGAUGAGUUUCAGAAACUGGAUUUGAAAGAGGACUAGGAUGCUAAAGAAGAAGAAGAAGAAGAAGAAGAGGAUGUAGAGAAGAAGAGUUCUAAUGGGCCAGAAACUGAAAAUGAAAACGAAAACGAAAAUGAAAGUGAGAGGCAGAGUGAACAAAGCGAUGGAGGAGAAAAUCAGAGUGAGGAUGGUGGUGAUGCAGAGAAGAAGGCCGAGGAAAGUAGAAGAAGAUAUCAGUACCCAGUGAGGCCUGAAGCUGAAGACUGUUCUUAUUAUCUGAAGACCGGGUCUUGUAAGUUUGGGUCCAAUUGCAAAUUUAAUCACCCUGUCAAAAGGAAGGGGUCUAAGGACAAGGUGAAGGAAAGGGAAGAGUUUGGAGAUAAGACAGGCCAGACAGAAUGCAAGUAUUACUUGAGGUCAGGCGGAUGUAAGUAUGGAAAAGCUUGUAGAUACAGCCACAGCAAAGGCAAACCUUCUGUGGCUCCAGUUGUAGAGCUAAACUUUCUGGGUCUGCCAAUUCGACCGGGGGAGAGAGAGUGUCCCUACUAUAUGCGAAACGGAUCCUGCAAGUAUGCAUCGAACUGCAGGUUUAACCACCCUGAUCCUACAGCUGCCGGAGGAUCUGAUCCAGCGUCCGCAUUUGGUAAUGGUGGCCCUGCAUCCUUGCAAGGUGCGCCACAAUCAACAGUAGCCCCUUGGUCUGCACCAAGAUCAUUGAAUGAGACUCCACGUUACAUGCCAAUGAUGAUUCCACCAUCUCAAGGGGUUCCUUCCCAAAAUACAGAAUGGAAUGGUUAUCAGGCCCCAGCAUAUCUACCAGAAAGAAGCAUGCCUGCACGUCAACCAUAUCUUAUGAACAACUCAAUGACUGAAACCAACAUCUAUAAACAAUACCCACAGCACCAGCAAGCUGAAGAAUUCCCGGAAAGACCUGGCCAACCUUUUUGCAGUUAUUUCUUAAGAACCGGUGAUUGUAAGUUUAAAUCUAACUGCAAAUAUCACCAUCCGAAAACUCAGACUGCAGUAUCCCCCCAAUGUGCGCUUAGUGACAAGGGCCUCCCUUUGAGACCGGAUCAGAACAUUUGCACACAUUACAGUCGCUAUGGCAUUUGCAAAUUUGGGCCAGUGUGUAAAUUUGACCAUCCGUUAAAUAUAACAUCUUCAACUACAUCUGGUCCUGAUCAUCAACUUCCUUUCAGUGACUCGGCGACUAUGAAUGGGGCUGGAACAGCUGGGAGCAGAAGUGGAAGUGAAGCUACAAGUCAGCUGCAGCCUGUGUAAUAAUUUUUGCUCAGGAUUCGCAACAUGCAAUCUUUUUCUUGUUUUAGUUUAUAAAACAGUGCUAUCGAACUUUUCCACCCACCCACCCAAAUGCCGCAAUCGUGUUAAUGGAAACAGGACGUGUAAAUUGUUUCUUAUUUAUGUCACUUUACCAGAAAAUACGAGUUUAAUUGCGAAUUA